CCCAAUGACUGUGCCUACGGCGGAGGUUGCCCCGCCCCAGCUGCAGGACCGGCGGAGAGGAUCGCUGCGGCACUCAGUCUCCACCCGGACUCCGCCAUGUUGAGUCUUGUGGGCCGUGUGGCCUCGGCCUCGGCCUCCGGGGCCUUGCGGGGACUCAGCCCUUCGGCGGCGCUGCCACAGGCGCAGCUUCUACUGCGAGCUGCUCCCGCCGGGGUCCAUCCUGCCAGAGACUAUGCGGCGCAGGCGUCUGCGGCCCCGAAGGCAGGCACCGCCACCGGGCGAAUCGUGGCAGUCAUCGGCGCCGUGGUGGACGUCCAGUUCGAUGAGGGGUUACCUCCCAUCCUAAAUGCCCUGGAAGUGCAAGGCAGGGACAGCAGACUAGUUUUGGAGGUGGCCCAGCAUUUAGGGGAGAGCACGGUAAGAACUAUUGCUAUGGACGGCACGGAAGGCUUGGUUAGAGGCCAGAAAGUACUGGAUUCAGGGGCACCAAUCAAAAUUCCUGUUGGUCCUGAGACCUUGGGCAGAAUCAUGAAUGUCAUUGGAGAACCGAUUGAUGAGAGAGGUCCUAUCAAAACCAAACAAUUCGCUCCUAUUCAUGCUGAGGCUCCUGAGUUCAUAGAGAUGAGUGUGGAACAGGAGAUUCUGGUAACUGGGAUAAAGGUUGUGGAUCUGCUGGCCCCAUACGCCAAGGGUGGGAAAAUCGGACUCUUCGGAGGUGCUGGCGUUGGAAAGACAGUGCUGAUCAUGGAGUUAAUCAACAAUGUCGCCAAAGCCCAUGGUGGUUACUCUGUAUUUGCUGGUGUUGGUGAGAGGACCCGUGAGGGCAAUGAUUUAUACCAUGAAAUGAUUGAAUCUGGUGUUAUCAACCUAAAAGAUGCCACCUCCAAGGUAGCAUUGGUAUAUGGGCAGAUGAACGAACCACCUGGCGCUCGAGCCCGAGUAGCUCUGACUGGUCUGACCGUUGCUGAAUACUUCAGAGACCAGGAGGGCCAAGAUGUCCUGCUGUUUAUUGACAACAUCUUCCGCUUUACCCAGGCUGGCUCAGAGGUAUCUGCCUUAUUGGGCAGAAUCCCUUCUGCUGUAGGCUACCAGCCUACCCUAGCCACUGACAUGGGUACAAUGCAGGAAAGGAUCACCACUACCAAGAAGGGAUCUAUCACCUCGGUGCAGGCUAUCUAUGUGCCCGCUGAUGACCUGACUGACCCUGCUCCUGCAACCACCUUUGCCCAUUUGGAUGCUACCACUGUGCUGUCCCGGGCUAUUGCUGAGUUGGGCAUCUAUCCAGCUGUGGAUCCACUGGACUCCACCUCUCGAAUUAUGGAUCCCAACAUUGUUGGCAGUGAGCAUUAUGAUGUUGCCCGAGGGGUGCAGAAAAUCCUGCAGGACUACAAAUCUCUCCAGGACAUCAUUGCCAUCUUGGGUAUGGAUGAACUUUCUGAGGAAGAUAAAUUGACUGUGUCCCGGGCGAGGAAGAUACAGCGCUUCUUGUCUCAGCCAUUCCAGGUUGCUGAGGUCUUCACGGGUCACAUGGGAAAGCUGGUGCCCUUGAAGGAGACCAUUAAAGGAUUCCAGCAGAUUUUAGCAGGUGAAUAUGAUCAUCUCCCAGAACAAGCCUUCUACAUGGUGGGACCCAUUGAAGAAGCCGUGGCAAAGGCUGAUAAGCUGGCAGAAGAGCACGGGUCGUGAGGGGCUCUUCAGCCAAACACAGCUCUCCAAGCGGAGAGCUCAGGUUUCCAUGUAGGCCACACAAGAGCCUUGAUUGAAGAUGUGAUGUUCUCUCUGAAGAGUAUUUAAAGUUUUCAAUAAAGUAUAUACCCCUCA